CAAGACAGAACAUAGACCACAAACUUCUGACUACCUGAAACUAGAACCAGGAAGUAAACAACACAGAAAACAACAACAUCAUGAAGACCUCCACCGUCUUCCUCUCGCUCCUCGCCUCACUCUCUUGUUCCCAGAGCGACUCUCCGGAACUCAUCGUGACAACGCGGGCAGGAAGCUUACGCGGCAUCCGCCUACCGACGCCCGACAGGAGUCACGUGACUGCUUUCCUCGGCAUCCCAUUCGCAGAGCCCCCGCUGGGCAAGAAGCGCUUCCGUAAGGCGGAGCCAAAGAAGCCGUGGUCGGGAGUGUUCGACGCUAGCUCCUACCCCAAUGCCUGCUAUCAGUUCAUUGACACCUCUUUCCCCGGGUUCCAAGGAUCUGAGAUGUGGAACCCGAACAGGGAGAUGAGUGAGGACUGCCUAUACCUCAACGUCUGGGUACCAACCUCCCCCAGACCUCACAACCUCACCGUGAUGGUGUGGAUCUACGGUGGAGGCUUCUACAGUGGCUCCUCGUCCCUGGAUGUGUAUGAUGGACGUUACCUGGCCCACUCUGAGAAGGUGGUGGUGGUGUCCAUGAACUACCGUGUUGGGGCCUUUGGUUUCCUGGCUCUUCCUGGCUCUUCGGAGGCCCCUGGGAAUGUGGGGCUUCUAGACCAACGUAUGGCCCUCCAGUGGAUCCAGAAUAACAUACAUAUCUUCGGGGGCAACCCCAAGCAGGUGACCAUCUUUGGGGAGAGUGCAGGAGCAGUCUCUGUGGGAAUACACCUCCUGUCUCCAGACAGCCGCCCCACCUUCACCCGAGCCAUCCUCCAGAGUGGAGUCCCCAACUGUCCCUGGGCCACUGUUACGCCCGCUGAAGCCCAGCGGAGAGCUGCCAUGUUGGGGAAACUGGUGGGCUGUCCCUCUGGGGGUAACGACACAGAGCUGGUGGACUGUCUCCGUAACAAGCCCCCCCAGGACCUCAUCGACCAGGAGUGGCAGGUCAUGCCAUGGUCGGCCAUCUUCCGUUUCUCCUUUGUGCCGGUCAUCGAUGGCGUGGUCCUUCCUGACAACCCAGAGGCCAUGCUGUCAUCAGGCAACAUCAAAGACACCCAAAUCCUGCUGGGAGUCAACCAGGACGAGGGCUCCUUCUUCCUCCUCUACGGAGCCCCCGGCUUCAGCAAGUGUGACAACGAGUCAUUGAUCUCCCGUGAGGACUUCCUGGAGAGCGUGAAGCUGAGUGUCCCGCAUGCCAACGAAAUCGGCCAGGAGGCUGUGGUGCUGCAGUACACUGACUGGUUUGAUGAGAACAAUGGAGUGAAGAACCGAGACUCCCUGGAUGACGUGGUCGGAGACCAUAAUGUCAUCUGCCCUCUGCAGCAGUUUGCCAGGACCUACUCCCAGCUCCACCCUAACCUGGGUGCCAACAAUGGACAACAGGCGGGCAACGCUGGGGCCAUGACCAAGGACGGGAACUCACAAAGUGGAGUGUACCUGUACCUGUUUGACCACCGUGCGUCUAACCUGGCGUGGCCUGGGUGGAUGGGCGUUAUCCAUGGUUACGAGAUAGAGUUUGUGUUCGGCAUGCCACUGGAGAAGAGACUCAACUACACAGCCGAGGAGGAGAAACUGAGCCGACGCAUGAUGAGAUACUGGGCUAACUUUGCACGCACCGGUAACCCCAACAUCAAUUUUGACGGCAGUGUGGAUAGCAGGCAGAUGUGGCCGCAGUUCACCAACAGUGAGCAAAAACACGUGGGGCUGAACACAGAAUCUCUGAAGAUCCACAAGGGCCUGCGGAACCAGCUGUGUGCAUUCUGGAACCGCUUUCUGCCACGCCUCCUCAAUAUCACCGAUAACAUAGACGAGGCGGAGCGUCAGUGGAAGGUGGAGUUCCAUCGCUGGUCCUCCUACAUGAUGCAUUGGAAGAGCCAGUUCGACCAUUACAGCAAGCAGGAGCGCUGCACUGACCUCUGAGGAGAGGAGAGAGAGAGAGAGAGAGAUGCUGACCAUGUCCUUCCAUAUUAUCCUACAUGUCUUCAUGUGAUAUGUUGAGGCUUGAUAUGUUGAAGCUAUUAUAUUUAACUCAAUGUGUUUUUUCUGGUUUCCAUUGCAGAGGUUAUAGCAAGUCUAUAAGACUAUUCAUCAGACAGGAGUUAUGGAAGGAGAUGGUCAAUGAUGAUGAGUUUGUAUAGGGGUGUGUGUGUGUGUGUGUGUGUGUGUGUGUGUGUGUGUGUGUGUGUGUGUGUGUGUGUGUGUGUGUGUGUGUGUGUUUUAACUUUAUUAUUUUCCAAUUGAUACAAAUUUCACGAUCUGCUCAUUUGAAAUUAUCUUUAGUGUUGUCUGUCUAUGUAUCUGUUCACUUGUCUUGAUCUCUUGAUUCUUCUUUAUAUAGUGCUGUUCAUUGUAUCUCUGUGUAGUGUCUUCUGCUGUCUCAAAUUGUGCACCACUUGGCUCUGGUCAAAGUAGUGUACUAGGAAGAGUACUACAUAGGGAAUAUAGUGUGAUUUGGGAUUGAGUGUGUGGGUCCAAAUGUAAAACCUAAAACCACUGAUCAACUGUUAUGUUAGUCUAGGAAUCUGGAGCCAUGUAAAUUCCUGUGUUCUGGGUUAGAAAAUAACUGCACUGAAACAGUUUACCAUUAACAAUGAAAGGGAGGCUAUUCCUGGAUGUGUGUGUGUGUGUGUGUGUGUGUGUGUGUUACAUGUCCAUCUUGUUGAUCUCUGCUUUGGUAUUGGUUUCCAAUCCAUAGUGUGUUUAUGGACUGUGUAUGCACUUGUCUGCAUAUAUUCACAUAUCUCUGUCAAUCACCUAUAUGUAGCUAAACUAACCCCUCAUGUAUGCCAAUACACCUACUGUUUGUUUUAGUGCGUAUUAUUAUAUUUUGUGUGCGUGUGUGUGUGUGUACUGCUGAUGUUGUCUCUGUACCAACGGUUGAUGUGUUUCUCUCCUCCAUCCCCUCUCCAUCUAUCCCUCCUCCUCUCUCUUCUAUUCCUAUCUCGCUCCCUCCCAUCAAUUCAAUUCUCUCUCUCUCUCUCUUCCAUCCAUCUCUCCGUGUCCCCAGAGGAUGAACGUUCUUGUUAGUCUAAUGGAGGCUGAAGUAAUUCACUCAGUGUGUGUGUGUGUGUGUGUGUGUGUAAUUCACUCUGUGUGUGUGUGUGUGUGUGUGUGUGUAUGUGUAAUUCACUCUGUGUGUGUGUGUGUGUGUGAUUCACUGUGUGUGUGUGUGUAA